UGACACUUGACUCCUUGCCUACAUCUAUAGCUUGGCACAGAGAGAUUCACGCACCCUCAAGAGUGUGGGUGAGACAUACAUAGCCUGUUAGACCUGAAGGCAGAUGGCUCUUCUUAAGGCCAAUACGGAUCUCAUUUCCGCAGGACUGAAGGAGUUCAGUGUUCUGCUGAAUCAGCAGGUCUUCAAUGAUCCUCUCAUCUCUGAAGAAGACAUGGUGACUGUGGUGGAGGACUGGAUGAACUUCUACAUCAACUAUUACAGGCGGCAGGUGACAGGGGAGCCCCAAGAGCGAGACAAGGCUCUGCAGGAGCUUCGGCAAGAGCUGAACACUCUGGCCAACCAUUUCCUGGCCAAGUACAGGGACUUCCUGAAGUCUCAUGAGCUCCUGAGUCACCCUCCGCCCUCCUCCUAGCUCAGGGACCCAGCCCCUCCUCUCUGAGAAACUCUGACCUUCAUGUCCUUAGCCUGUGCUCCUGCCACUCUACCCUGACACCUCAAUAAAGACCAGCGCUGGUUUUGCUGGAC